AUGCCAACCAAUGGGAUCCACCAGGUGCUGAAAAUACAAUUUGGCUUGAUCAAUGAAGAAGACCGCUAUCUGACGGCAGAAAGCUUUGGCUUCAAGGUGAACGCCUCAGCCUCCAGCCUUAAGAGGAAGCAGAUCUGGGUCCUGGAGCAGGAUGAAGGCAGCAGCUCAGCUGUCUUCUUCCGAAGCCACCUUGGACGCUACCUGGAAGCCGAUCAGGACGGGAAGGUGUCCUGUGAGGCGGAGAAGCCCGGCCGGGAUGCCCGCUUUCUGAUCGUCACCCACUCAGAUGGGCGCUGGGCCUUGCAGUCAGAACCUUACAGGAGAUUCUUUGGGGGCUCUGAGGACCAGCUCUCCUGCUUCUCAACAACCAUCACCCCUGCCGAGCUCUGGACCGUCCACCUUGCCAUCCAUCCCCAGGCCAAUCUCCUGAGUAUCAGCCGCAGGCGCUAUGCCCACUUGUGCCCACAGGAGGAUGAGAUUGCAACUGACAGCAACAUUCCCUGGGGUGUGGAUGCCCUCAUUACUCUUAUCUUCCUGAACAAGCAAUACUGUCUGAAGACCUGUGACAGUCGCUACCUGCGCAAUGAUGGGAAACUGGUGUGGGAGCCGGAGCCCCGGGCUCGCUAUACCCUGGAAUUCAAAGCUGGCAAGCUGGCUUUCAAGGAUUGUGACGGCAGGUACCUGGCCCCCAUGGGGCCCACAGGGACCCUCAAGGCUGGGCGCAGCUCUAAGCCAAGCAAGGAUGAACUCUUUGACCUGGAGGAGAGUCACCCCCAAGUGGUGUUUAUGGGCUCCAAUGGGCGCUACGUUUCCAUCCGACAAGGGAUCAACGUCUCGGCCAAUCAGGAUGAAGAGCUGGACCAUGAGACAUUCCAGAUGCAAAUUGACCGUGAGACCAAGAAGUGUAUUUUCCAUUCCAACACUGGGGAUUACUGGACCCUGGUCACUCAUGGGGGUAUCCAGUCUAUUGCCACACAAGUUGCUGCCAAAACCAUGUUUGAGAUCGAAUGGCGAGGCCGACGAAUAGCACUCAAGGCAAGCAACGGGCGCUACAUCUGCACAAAGAAGAAUGGGCAUCUAGCAGCCAUCAGUGACUUUAUUGGUAAGGAUGAAGAAUUCAUUAUCAAGCUCAUCAACCGACCCAUCUUGGUGUUAAGGGGCAAUGAUGGUUUUGUCUGCCACCAUCGAAACUCCAAUCUGCUUGACACAAAUCGAUCCGUCUAUGAUGUCUUCCAUAUCAGUUUCAGCGAUGGCGCCUACCAGAUCCGAGGCAGAGGCGGUAAGUUCUGGUACAUAUCCAGCAACAGCAACGUGUGCAGUGAUGGCGAGAGGUCAGAAGAUUUCUUCUUUGAGUUUCGGGAGCGGGGCCGAGUGGCCAUCAGAGGCAAAAAUGGCAAAUACCUUCGAGGAGCCUCAUCAGGCAUGUUGAAGGCUGAUGGAGAGUCCCUUGCCUAUGCCACCCUCUGGGAAUACUGA